UGGCGUCCGGUCAAUAGACGGAGGUGACGAGAUGAGCCGAAACUCUGAAAGCAAAGCCGUGGGCGUUCGCUGGCAUUCACUGCCCAGAAUUGGGGCCGUAUCCGACGUUUUUCGGGGUACGUGAGUGUAAAAAUGCGUGAGGAAUUCAGAUGGCAGGUCAACGGGGCAUGCUAGAACCCCCACGAAAAAGAUAACAUGCCAGUCUACCAAGCGCGUAAUGCGUGUUUUUUGAACGGCCGGGAUUGUUCAGAGUGAGUCAGUUUCGCCUUGUCGAUGCAAAAUGGCUUCGGGCGACAAUGUGGACGUGAUCGAAGUGGUCGAGACGAGUUUCACCCUCCCAUCCCAGGACAGUGAAAACCAUCUUAGACCACAGGAUUCUUUAGAAGAGGACAAUAAGUCCGUGGGCGAAAAAGUAACAGCCUUUGACAGCUCAACAGUGCAACAUGGCAGUGCAGGACCUAAAACUCCAGUUGGAGUGGCAAGAAAUAAAUCAGAGCGGGAGAAAAAAAUUGGUCACAGGAGAGUCGGAGUUGGAGGUGAAAUUACUUAUAAGAAGAUUCAAUCUACUCAAAUUAUGGGAUCGAUACAAUUGGGUAUACAGCAUGCAGUUGGAGGUCUUGCGAGUAAACCUGAACGGGACUUGCUCAUGCAAGAUUUCAUGACUGUCGAAACAACCAAUUUUCCCCAUGAAGGUUCAAAUCACACGCCAGCUCAUCACUACUCGGAGUUUAAGUUCAAGAAUUACGCACCUAUUGCAUUUCGUUACUUUAGGGAUCUAUUUGGCAUUCAACCAGAUGAUUUUUUGAUGUCGAUGUGCAGUGCAGCUCUGCGUGAAUUAUCGAAUCCUGGAGCCAGUGGAAGUAUUUUUUACCUAACAGAGGAUGACGAGUUUAUCAUCAAGACUGUUCAACACAAGGAGGGCGAAUUUCUGCAAACUCUGUUACCUGGUUAUUACAUGAACUUAAACCAAAAUAAAAGAACGUUGUUGCCAAAGUUUUUUGGAUUGUAUUGUUAUCGUUGCAACAGCAAAAAUAUUCGACUGGUUGCUAUGAACAAUCUUCUUCCUUCAGCAGUCAAACUUCACCAAAAGUACGACUUGAAGGGAUCCACCUACAAAAGAAAAGCCUCGCGACUUGAAAGGGCAAAGUCUUCGCCUACGUACAAAGACCUAGACUUUAUGGAACAUCAUCCAGAGGGAAUUUUUCUGGAAGCCGAUACAUACAGUGCUCUAGUGAAAACGAUUCAACGGGACUGUCGUGUACUCGAAAGUUUCAAAAUCAUGGACUACUCUCUUCUCGUUGGAAUUCACAACCUUGAUCAAGCUGCUAGGGAGAAAAGUGAGGAUCAAAGAUUAUCGGCUAGCGCAGAAGAAGAAGCGGGAGAAUAUGGCUGUGAUAGUGGGGGAUUCCUACAACCUGAGAGAGAACGAGACAGAGAUGACAGGAUAGGAGCCACUGCCCUCAAUAGAUCACGUAGUAUAAAUCGCCAAAGGCUGGUAGCUCACAGUACUGCAAUGGAGAGUAUUCAGGCUGAGAGUGAGCCCAUCGACGAAGAAGAUGAUGUCCCCAGUCCGGGUGGUAUUCCCGCGAGGAAUGCUCGCGGAGAACGUCUUCUUCUGUUUGUAGGUAUCAUUGAUAUUCUUCAGAGUUACAGACUCAAAAAGAAACUUGAGCACACGUGGAAAUCAAUGAUACACGAUGGUGACACGGUUUCUGUGCAUAGACCAGGCUUUUAUGCCCAGCGCUUCCAGGACUUUAUGGCAAAAACUGUCUUCAAGAAAAUACCCUCACUGGACCUGCCUGAGAUUAAAGGGAACCAUCGCAAAUUCCGUAACCUCGUCACCAGCUACAUAGCUCUGAAACACUCUCCAUCGAAAAGGAAAAGCAUUUCAAGACCUCUGAGGCCUCUCGAAGGUGAUUUUGAUUCAACGGGUGGCACCCUUCCUUCCACUUGCUCCACCCCGCCCCCGCCUUUUGACGACGCAGUGCAUUCGAACGAUCAAACUUUGGCUUCUGGUGGUCACCUCCAUCAUGUACAAGAAUGCACCCCGGGUGCUUCCAUUCUCACAAGCAGUCUGAGCAGUUCUCAUUCUAGGCAGAAUAAAGUCGUCCAUCAUGUAACUCUUAGCAAAACGUACCAUGACACAGUUAGCAUAUCUGAAGUUCAUUUAGAAAGCAGUGGUAGUGGAAGUGGAAAUAGUGGCAGAGAAACCAAAUCAUCCUUGAGUGUUGAAAGUGGAGGCAGUAGUCGAGGAGGUGGUGGUCUAACGUGGACACCUCCGGCUGGAAGUGCUGAAGGUUCGACACCCACCUGGACUGAAGGCACACCAUCCUUCACCGAAAGUUCCAGUAGUGGAGAUAUAGGUUGUCCUACGACACCAAUUAGAGGCAGUCAAAGAAGUGGAAACAAUAGCGGAAGAGUAACAGCCACUAUGGAAGAGGCACUUGCCAGCCUCACUACUGAAAUGUCCUCAGUUGAUAUUUCCGAACGCUCUGCACCUGACGUCAAGGUCUGAAAGCUUGUCUAUUUGCCUAAAUUAGGAAAUACUGCAGCGAGAGUGAACUUCUUAUCUUCUUCGUCCAUCGUGUGUAUGGUGUGCUUCGUCGCAGCGGCGAAUCUUCGAAAGCGGCGUAAAAAUGGAAAAGACAGAAAGGAUUCUUUAGGAUUCGGAUUGUCUUGUAUUGUCAGAGUAUACAAAAACAUCACAGAAAUAAAACUAAAUCGAAUUUGACUUGACAGUCAGUUUUAGUAGCUUAGAAGUUAGCGAUGUAUAUGGUGUCAACUCUAUUUGAAAAUCAAGACAAAUUUGUUGUCUUUUUACAUAUCAGAUUUUUUUGGCAACUAACUUUACUUUUUUAAAUGGAAUUCUAAUUUAAAAGAAUAAAAGUAAAGCUUUUCUACCCAAAUCGUUUUUAGAUUUCUAAUCUUUAAAUGGGAAAAACUGUUAGCUUUUGUUAUUAAUGAAGUAUGCUACCGUCGGAAAUUGUCAUUACGAUCAGCAAAAUUACUACUAAAAAUCACUGCUGACUUUGAAACGUGAUUACACGUUCAAAAUAGGAGCGAUCAACUUUUUGGAAACGCCGUUUACAGCUUAUUAAAUUAUUCGUCAAAUGAGCCCUAAUAGAGAUAUUUUUUAUCUUUUGUAUAAGAAUGUACCACGUGAGAUGUUUAAAAAAAGUGUAAUUUAAAAAAAAAAAUUUUAUACCUCGAUUUCAGCUAGUGGCAUGGCCUAUAAAAGUUGUCGCAAAAAUCUCAAAUUUAAAGCACACAGUCUGUAAAUUUGCAUCUUUAAUUUAAUCCUAUAAAAAUUUAAAAAAUCUUUAGGGCUUUUAGGGAUACGACUAAAAAGGUUCAAGUCUCAAAAUAAACUUUAAACGGCGUUUUAAAAAGUUUGCUUGCUCCUUUUUGAACGAGUAAGCACGUUUCAAAGUCAGCAGUGAUUUUUAAUAUUACUUUCGUCGAUCGUACCGACAAUUUUCGACGAUAGUGUAUAUAAUAUUUGAAUUAAAUGGUUAAAAUUCUUUAAGAUUCGACACCUUGAGACCUCGAAAUGCUAGUACUUAAACAUUUGAGAACAAAGAUGUCUAGUACGAAAAAGACGAGCUACUUAUGUGUGCGUAUGCAUUUAUGUAAUAAUAUGCGAUUUGAUGCACACACAAACUUCAAUUCAGUUCGAUAAUCAUCAAAAAGCAGUAUCGAUUAAGUAACGACAACUUCACGAUGAGGAAGGAACGUUCUUGAAAAAAAGUGUAGAAAGAUUUAAUUCUGAAAGGCGGUACCACUUGCGGUUCGGAUCGCACUUACGAAGAAUAGACUUUUGUUUAAUUUUCUCUGAUUAUUCAAUAUAAUUUUGAGUUUAGGAGUGAGCAAUUAUUAUUGUGGUAUAUGGCUUUUAGAGCGAGAGGACAUGGAAUUUUCAAGUUCGUUCUUAUCUCCAUCUUACUUUACAUUCAUUUUGAGCAAAACAUAUAAUUACACCAAACUCUGGCUUUCAGUCACCCCGUUCUUAGCCUUCCUAGAACUGUUGGAAUACGCAGUUUCUCAUGGAAG